GUCAGCGUCAAGCCUUGCCACCUUGGCCGUCUGCGAUGGGCUUUAACCCGCGGUCGCUCUUCCAGUGGCUGCUCGUGCUCUCAGCUGCAUGCUUCUUCCUCAACCUCCUCCUCCUCUCGGGCACGUCCAACCUGGUCCAGCGUAGCCCGCUCACGCACCUGCGCCACACGGUCGAUCGCGUCCCGAUCCGCACCGAGGCGCGCGCCGAGGACGCCAAAGAUAGCCGGCGACCCCACGAGAAGCGGCGCGACCAGGUCGUCGACAUGAUGCGCUGGGCGUGGAAAGGCUACGAGACGCAUGCGUUUGGCUACGACGCCCUCGACGUCAAGCGCAUGACGGGCACCGGCCUGCCUGGCCACGACAUGGCCAUUUCGCUCGUGGACUCGCUCGACACGCUCUACAUCAUGGGCUUGGACGACGAGUUUCAGCGCGCGGUUGAGUGGACCGAAGCCAACAUGGCCGAGCGCUUUGAGCAGCAUACGCCCAUCAGCAUCUUUGAAACCACGAUCCGCAUCUUGGGUGGCCUCCUGUCUGCGUACAACCUAUCAGGGCGCGAAGCACUCUUGAAGCUCGCCGACGACCUCGGUACGCGUCUCCUGCGCGGGCUCCAGACGGACACGCUGCCGCUUUCGCUUGUGGAUUUGAUCAGCGGCCAGACGUCAGGGCGCAGCUUCAUUGCCGAAUUUACGACGAUCCAGCUCGAGUUCAAGUACCUAAGCAUUCUCACCAAAGACCCUACGUACCACGAUGCGGCCGAAGAGAUCAUGGACAAGGUUGCCGAAAUGGUCGAGCGGGACUACCCCGCAGGCCUUCUUCCCGUUCAGGUCGAAAGCUACGCGACCCGCAUGAUUCCUGGCCCGCUCAAGCUCGGAGCCGGCGGCGACAGCUACUACGAGUACUUGCUCAAGCAGUGGAUCUUCUCGGGCAAGAAGCAAGAAAAAUACAAGGAGCGGUACCUCCAAGCCGUGCACGGCAUGAUGACCAAGCUCAAGGGCAAGACGAAAAAGUCGGGCCUCGUCUUCCUUGGCGAGCUCGACACGGACGGUGUGCUUGUGCCCAAGAUGGACCACCUCGUGUGCUUUAUUCCUGGUAUGCUCGCCCUCGGGUACAUGAACGGGAUGCCAGAUGCGCACCUCGAGCUCGCCAAAGACCUCCUCGAGUCGUGCUGGGAGAUGUACAACCAAAUGGGAAGCAAGCUCGCGCCAGAGAUUGCAUAUUUUGAGACCGACUCGGACGUGGCCGACCUCCACGUCUCGUCCAACGACGCGUUCAACAUUCUGCGCCCCGAGACCGUCGAGAGCCUCAUGAUUCUGUACCGCCUCACCAAGGACGAGAAAUACCGCGAGCGCGGCGGCAUCAUCCUCGAUGCCUUUGAGCGCAACUGCAAGCUUCCGGACGGCGGGUACUCGAGCGUCUCGAACGUCGACGCGCCGCUCGCGACCAAGUUUUUCCGCCCCGAAAUGGAAAGUUUCUUCAUGGCCGAGACGCUCAAGUAUCUGUACCUCCUCUUCUCGGACGACGCGGUCGUCCCCCUCGACACGUUCGUCUUCAACACGGAAGCCCACCCGUUCCCGAUCCAGCCACACGACUAGGAGCCAAGUACGUACACCUACCCCUUGUGGCGGCCGACCGGACCCGUUGAAUCGCACGG